AUGUCUGUAGAUAAACCCGAUGAAAAGCAAUGGGUAUCAGACAACCCAACAGCAACAGCAGAGACAGACUCUAUACAAGAACAUCAGGCAGGGGAUGCUGCUUUAGCAAAUGCACCCUGGCAGUACAAGCUAAUCGCUCUUGUUACUGCUCUUUGCUUCCCGAUUGGUUCACACUUUUCAACAAGUGCAUUGAGCGCAAUGAAGGCUCCUAUUAAAGCGAACCUUCACAUUAACAAUACCCAAUAUGGUGUUAUUUCCUCGUCUGUAUUCAUUACCACCACCGUCUUUCCAAUUUUUGGUGGUAUCUUUGUUGACAUGUUUGGUUCUGUCUGGGGCACACUGACAGUCAAUUUGGUUGUCAUCCUCGGUAGUCUACUUACAGCCAUUGCUGCUAAAUACCACUCUUUUGGACUGAUGGUCGCUGCCCGUGUUAUUUUUGGUAUCGGAUCAGGUUUAAUUGUCACAAUGCAAGAGUCUAUUCUCUCCAAGUGGUUUCGCACACAGAAUCUAGCUAUUGCUAUUGGUCUUCAGCUCUCUAUCAGCAGACUGGCUACUUUUUUGGGUACUUUGGUAGCCAACCCUGUGGCUAAACGAACGGGCGAUUGGGUAUGGGCUUUUUGGCUCUCAUUUAUCAUUUGCUGCUUUUCAAUUAUCAUGAAUGUUGUUUAUGCACUCGUUGUCCGUCACUUGCGUCGCGCUUCAGGAGAUGGUACUGGCGUCUUGACGCACCAGGACAUUGAAAAGCUCAAACAGCGCAAACGAUUUGAUUGGAAAGGCUUCAUCUUUGCUGCCGUUUGGUCGUCUUUCCAAACGAUCAGUACAGAGUUUGUCCAGAUUCACUUUGGUGAUGUAGGAGUCUUGGCAGGAUAUACGGCUAGUGCUUCACAAGCAGUGCCUAUUGUUGCUACUCCUUUACUUGGUAUCAUCAUGGAUCUUUAUGGUUGUCGUAUCGUCAUUCUGCUGAUCUCUGCUAUCUUUUUGAUCCUCAGUUGUGUCUUACUCGGUUGGACCUACGUGAACGCUGUAGUCGGUAUGGUAUUCUAUAGCAUCUCUUUAGCAUUUGGCCCCAUCAGUAUGAUUACCUCCAUUGGUAUGAUUUUACCUGCUGAUUAUAUUGGUACUGGCCUUGGCAUGUACAAGAGCUCAAAUAAUAUCGGCACAUCUAUCUUGGAUAUCAUUGUAGGAGUCGUACAAGAUCACACCAAGAAUCAGGCCUAUACAGGCGUCAUGAUUCUCUUUUUGGUCUUGGCCUGUGUUGGGCUUUUACUUAUUUCCACACUUUGGGCCAGCCAAUAUUUCGUAGUAGACAAUCUAUUAGAAGCAGGCCGAAAGAAACGAACUGCGCUCAUGAAAGAACGAAACCAAGAAGAGAUUGAUCUCAAUAAGCAAGGUCUGGAUUCCUAUGAUAACACUAGAGUAAAAAUCGUCAACUGUAUCUGUUUGGGUUUAUUCAUCACCGCCAUGAUCGUUGCUUGGGUCCUAUUCUUUAUAUACGCUGCCAAUGGAAGUGUGUCUACCUAA